UUUUUUAUGCAUAUAAGUAGAUAAAUUAAUUGUAUUCAACAAUCAUCAUGACAGUUAGUUAAUCAGAGCAGCAAUACACUUAUGUCACCAUGGCAACAAGAUAUGAUACAAAACAUAGGUGUAAGCUGGCACAUGUAUUUAGAUACUGAGUGUUCAAAAAUUAUAAAUUUGUUCAUUAUGUCCAAAAGAGUGCCUCAUUUUAUAAGUGGUUUUACUUCUACAACCAAAGAAGAAAGAAAAUCUUCGAAUCUCAGUUUAUGUUAUAAAAAAGCUCAUUUUCAAAGAAAACUUGAAGAUAGUUCAGUAAUCGUACUAAGGAAAAACCAAACUAAGGAUAAUAGUAAACUAGAUGUAUACAAAGAGGAUGGAUUGUAUUCUUCAAUGAAAUCACCUUUAACAAACAUUGUUGCAAAACCGUAUCCUUUAGAACAUCAAAUUUCAUUUUGUCGAACUAACAACCAAAUCAGGGGAAGAAUUUUAGAAAUUGCAAUAAGAGAAGUCAAAGUAUUACCAAAUGUAGGUUCAAGUAGAAAUCCUCCUGCAAUAACUAGUGUGACAUUUUUGUUCAAAAAUAAAAUAAUUUGCAAAACGAAUGCUCCUUUCAAUAGGAAAUUACAUAAAUUAUAUAUUAGAAAUUCAGUGGAUUCAAAUGUAUUAUCUAUGCAAGUUCAAGCACAAGGAUCCACAUCAGGAAGUAUACCUUUGCCACUUCCUGAACACUGUGUGAAACAGAAAAAAGUUGAAAUUGAUUUUUCAAUUCUUGACAGUAAACGUUUCAUUUAUUCUGGCAUAGUUAUUUGUACUUUAUCGCUAGAUAUUACUGGCCCUCAGACUAAAACAGAUGCUUCAACUUAUUUAUUCACGCCAUCGACCAAUGAUCCAAAUGAUCCAAGAAAUAGUGUUUCUAUUAUGAAAUCAAAAAACAAUUCUCAAAGAAAGCAAGUCAAUUAUUUUCUUUUGCAAGAUCCAGCUUUAACAUUUAAUACUCUUUCAUCAGAUGUUUAUAAUAAGAAAAAUUCAGUAAAAAAAUUGUUACCUAAGCCACCUGAUAUAGUUGUAGCUGAGCAAAUGUUUUCUUUGUUAGAUAUAUCUCUAAGAAGUUGGUUUCAAGAACGGAGACCUCUUAGACCUUCUUCUGGUACAGCUAUAGGACCUAAGCACCAUAGUGGUAGGAAACAAAUUUUGACAGUCACUGUAUUGAGGGGAGUAGAAGUUCCAGUUAGAGAAGAGUCAGCUUUGAUCCAACCAAUUGUAGAGGUAGAAUGGGGAGAUAUUGUUCGAUCAACGUCUACAUCCGAGGGUCCAGCCCCUGUUUGGCAACAAACUCUUCAAUUUGAAGCUCCUACCAAAAAAUUAAAUGGAGAACACUGUGUAAAAAUAAGACUGUUCGAUCAACAUCCCGUUUGGGGAUUGCAGUGGCUUGGAGAAGCCAGAUUUCCGUUAGAAUGUCAUCGAAAUUAUCAACAAUUGGAACGUUGGAUUGGGUUAUCAUCUCUUUACAGUCCAUCACUGUCUUUCGGAUACGUCCAAGCAAGUCCGGGAUAUUCAUACACGAGAAUUUACGUUCUCAUGAAAAUGGAACAAAUGGGUGCUAUGAAUCCGAUUGACAAUAGCUCCAUAAACACAUUAUCCAAAGCUAUUCAAAGAUGUCUUGUGGUACCUUACAAAAUUUCUGAAAUCGAAAGUUCUGAAGAUGCUGCCAGGCUCUGUAUGCUUUUAGCACCGCUGCCAGUCCAUUAUGGACCUUUGACUCCUCGACAGGCGCUCAAUCUCAACAAGGUUGAUCAUUACGGACGAUCGGCAUUACUCGCAUCUUUACUUCAGGGUCUUGGCUUACAAUCUUACGUUGUUUUAGGUUCGUCCCAAACAAGAAAAUGGGCAUCUUUUGCCCUCACAGUUGACGAAAAUGUUGUAACUCUCUGGGAUGCAGAAAACGGCGAACGCUACAAGUUACAGGACAAUAGGUGCACGUUAAUUAGCGUUUCACGCUUAAUAAAUUAUCAAAACAUUUGGGAAAAUACUCUAAAAUCUGUAGUACCAGCAAAUUUGCGUUACGAUCCAAAAAGUAACAAAGAUUGGCAAAUACUUACUAGUACCGCGGCAGCUUCGAGUUCACGUGCCAUACAAACAGUCGAUCUUAAUAUCGCUCAUGAAAAAGAAGAAAAUGAAAAAGAUGUAACACAAGAGAUUGAAGAAAAUCUUCGGGAACAUCUCAGUCAAUGGAGAACAACUCUUGAAUUACCGACUAUUUUCAAUAGGCAUGCUGAUUCGAUAUUAAGAGAAAUCCUCGAUAAAUCCGAAGAUUCAGCAGAGAAUCAAUUUGAUAAAAAAGAAUUUCGACAACUUUAUAGGGCUUACUAUACUCAUGGGUUUGUCGUCAACGUAAGAUACAUCGACAUGGACGAUCUCAUAAAGUUUCUAGUAUCAACUAAGAUUCACGCAAUGACUGGCCCUAUUGAAUUUUCUUUGGUAUGCCGCGUCGUAAAAUUAGUUGGUAAGAUUCGUUCAGUUUGGUUAGCCGUUGUUAUUUUAAGAAGUAAGACUUAAGAGUUGAAAUCUGGAAUUUAAAAUUUUUACUCGGUUUUGCAAUGAUGUAUUUUAUAAUAAUAUUAAUUAGCCAAAUUAGAAACAAAUCUAA